UGUAAGCCCAGGAACAAAGUCAAACGAAACGGAACGAGUCGAGACCGGAAGGGAUCGGUCGGUCGGUCGGGCGGUCAGUACUGAGAUCUAUGCAGUCGUUGCACUUCCUGGUUGUGCCCUCGAAUCCGGCCAUCAUCCAUCAUUUAAUGACCAGGACAACGAACCAUGUCGACCUGGACUAAUCAAACUCAGUUUCUCUAACAGGAACGCCCUUUCACACUCGCUGGGCAAUCCGAUCAUCUGUGAUCGGGUUCGCGACUCACCCAGUUUAAAAAAAAAAGACUCCUAGAAUGCUCAUCGACGAGCAGUGAGUAGCUCCUGAAAAACGGCGGAACCGGCUCGAAGGACCGAGUGUGGCAAAAAAUCGGAAAAUUCGCAAAAUUUGGAAACAAUAGUAUGUCGGACAGUGAGGACACUGAGGGUUCCUGUGGCGAGUGGCCGGUGACCAAAGAAUGGCUCGAAGGACUCCUGAUCGAGCAUCACGGCGCAGGAUCUCAAAUCACCGUUGAUGACUUCACCGUCAGGCCAGGUUGCACGGCAGGCGAAAGUGUUCUUAGUGAUAUUCUAGCUGUACAGGUCGAAUAUCGAACGAAACCGGACGAGACAAGGUGCGAGCUCAGUGUCAUUGUCAAGCUCCUACCCCAGGAUCCCUACAGUCGAUUCUUCGUCACCGAGGCUCAGUUCGACCUCAGGGAAAUCAAAUUUUACACCCAGGUGGUGCCCGAUCUAGAAGCCUUUCAAAAGAAGCAGAUAGCAUCCCCGGAGCUUGCAAUCGAGCUACCAAUUCCCGCUUGCAUCAACGCUCACUACAAUCCAAGCGGAGGAACCGAGGACAGUCCUGAACCUCCCGAGUCGUUCCUCGUCUUGGAAAACUUGCGACCACGCGGAUUCGAUGGGGCCGAGUUUUCGCGCGGAUUGACCCUACGACAAGCUGAAGCCGCGCUGAGCGCCGUCGCAUGUCUGCACGCCCUCUCAUUAACCCUAAAAGUCAAGGAGGGCCGAUCACUCUCCGAUCGUUAUCCCUUCCUCUUUCAAACUGCCAGAGCCACUGACUCCUAUCAGCAACUGGUGGAACGCGGUCUGCCACAACUGGCUCGUUUUCUCGAGAGAAGACCGGGCCUGGAGGCUGUUCUCGAGGCUCUUCUGGCACUACGUCCCCGCACCAAGGAGAUAAUUGCCGCUCUUCUCGCACCGGAAGAUCCCCUGGCUCUGAUCACGCACACAGACUUCUGGUGCAAUAAUCUGCUCUUCAAAAAUGACGAGGACGGCAACUGCAAGUGUGCGAUACUCGAUUGGCAAAUGGUCACCUACAGCCGACCGACAAACGACAUUGCCCUAUUGCUCGUCAGUUCCGUGCCAACGGAAUUACGACGAAGACACACGCCCUCGUUAUUGGACAAAUACUGGAAUGUUCUAACUAGUACGAGCUGCAAUUUGGGUCUCGACAUUCCAAAGGAUUUGGCUUACACGAGAUCAAAUUUGGAUGGAGAUUACAGAAGAUCUCAACUCCUGGCACUCUUACUCUGUAUAGGUUCGGUGGAUGUUGCUCUCGGUGAUCCUCUCACGGAACAGCGUCUUAUCGACGUCUUGGAAGACUUGCACAAUGAUGGAGUGCUCACAGGCGAAAUUCCCGAAACAGCGCUUGCGGAUGAACCGUAAACUUUAGUCUCCACAAAUGUUGCAAACGCCUCUGAUAUUUCAUAAUCAGUGACGCAUUUAAGGACGGUGAAUCUGAGUGAUCUCGAUGUGUGCGCAAAGCCGUUACUUGUGUCCUUUCCGUUUUUUCUCGUGCUUCAUUAUAAGAUUUAAAUAGGACAUUUGGAUAUAUUUCUCGACACCUCUCAUUUAUUCAAUUCCAAUGUCGAACUGUUAUACGAUCUGUAUUUAGGGACCCUGUCUUUUGGCACAGGCCCCUUACUACAAACUUUGUAAAUAGAAUUAUAAAUCAGAAUUUUAUUUUCACUCGGGCGUAAAAUGCCCUAUGUUACUGCGCACGUGAAUCGACAAUCGUCUCUCGGAAAAGGCUCAAUUAACAAAUCGAGUUCGGCGUGUAAUCGUCCAAGUAGGAAAUAUUCGUACACAAUUAGUACGAAAAACGGUAGGAAAACUUAUCUCGACGGAACAUUUAUCACGUUUGCUGCAACAAAGGCUGUCCAAAGCGAAACAAACUCAGUCGAAAAAAAACAAGAAAAAAAAAAGGGCAAUAGAUGAAGCUUUACGCGUUCUUUUAACGUGCACAAUUAAUCGAGCUUCUACGCGAAAUGACAUUCAUUUAAACCACUUCUUAUCAAUUCAAAUAGUAACGUUUAUACCCAAACUUUGUUCCACUUUAGUAUAUUUUCCCGGAGAAAAAAGUAAUGAUUCAUUUCUUGUUUUUUAAGAAACUAAUGAUCAAAAUCUAGAUUACUCGACAAAUUAUUAUUACAAAUUUCUUAUCAACUUUAAUUUAUUCAAAUCAGUGAAAUAAUUAAAUCCUCAAACACUUUACUUGAGUUUAUUACGUAUACGAAAAAAUGUAAUUCUUUGACACAUUAGUACUUCAGAAAAAUAAACGCGAUUUAUCUAAGAAUUAUUACGACAUUUUAUGUACUGAUUUUCACUUUUUUACAAUAAUUAGUUCAUACUUUUAAAUAACCAUGUAUCAACAAUAAGCAAACAAUUUCUUGUACCCGAGCAUUGUGCCAACAGAGAGGAUAGGCUGAUUGAAAACUUGUAUUCGAUUAUUGACAAGAAUGAAAGUAAAAUUGUUGUUAAAUCUA